UGGUUCGGUUACACGCAGUCCAGAAGGUUUUCCACUUCUCACUUGUCAGCCGACUCAGCCCUACUUCCCAUUUCCCACCCUUGCAAUAAGCUCUGUUCUUCCCGCUCGAAGGACUCUCUCUCUCUGGGCUGUGCAUCCACUGCUUAGAGUCCAUAGACAAGCGCAGCGGAAGCAACAUCCAUGGCGGAGCUGAAGUUAUCAGAAAGCAGGGACCUAACUCGAAUAGAGCGCAUAGGUGCACAUUCUCACAUCCGCGGACUCGGGUUGGACUCAGCCCUAGAGCCACGGGCCGUGUCGGAGGGUAUGGUUGGACAGGCCUCCGCACGCAAGGCGGCGGGUGUGAUCCUCCAGAUGAUCAAAGAAGGCAAAAUCGCCGGGCGAGCCAUCCUCCUAGCUGGGCAACCCGGCACAGGAAAGACUGCCAUUGCCAUGGGCAUGGCUAAGUCCCUGGGCCAAGAAACCCCCUUUGCCAUGAUGGCUGGCAGCGAGCUAUUCUCCCUCGAGAUGUCCAAGACCGAGGCCCUAAUGCAGGCUUUCCGCAAAGCCAUAGGCGUUCGAAUCAAAGAGGAGACUGAGGUAAUUGAAGGAGAAGUAGUGGAGAUCCAGAUUGAUCGCCCUGCCGUGUCUGGUGCUGCGUCCAAGACCGGCAAGUUGACCUUCAAGACAACUGAGAUGGAGACCGUCUAUGAUCUUGGGGCAAAGAUGAUUGAGGCUCUGGGCAAGGAGAAGGUCCAGAGCGGAGAUGUGAUUGCUAUCGACAAGGCGUCUGGAAAGAUCACCAAGCUUGGUAGAUCAUUUGCUAGGUCCCGGGAUUACGAUGCCAUGGGUCCACAGACCAAGUUCGUGCAAUGCCCCGAUGGAGAGUUGCAGAAGAGGAAGGAGGUUGUACACUGUGUUACCCUUCACGAGAUUGAUGUUAUCAAUAGCAGGACACAGGGAUUUCUCGCUCUCUUCACUGGGGAUACUGGUGAAAUCCGUUCUGAGGUGAGAGAGCAGAUUGACACAAAGGUUGCGGAGUGGAGGGAGGAAGGGAAAGCAGAGAUAGUGCCUGGGGUUUUGUUCAUUGAUGAGGUUCACAUGCUUGACAUUGAAUGCUUCUCAUUUCUGAACCGUGCAUUGGAGAGUGAAAUGGCGCCAAUUCUGGUUGUUGCUACCAACAGAGGGAUCACAAACAUCCGGGGCACAAACUACAAAUCUCCUCAUGGCAUACCUAUUGAUCUUCUUGAUCGAUUGCUCAUCAUCUCCACUCAGCCAUACACAGAAGACGAGAUACAAAAGAUCCUUGACAUCAGAUCCCAAGAGGAAGAUGUUGAGAUGUCUGAGGAUGCAAAGGUUUUGUUGACAAAGAUUGGGGUGGAAGCAUCCUUGAGGUAUGCAAUCCACCUAAUCACUGGAGCAGCAUUGGCUUGCCAGAAACGGAAGGGGAAGCUUGUUGAAAUGGAAGACAUCAGCCGGGUGUAUCAGCUGUUCCUGGAUGUGAAGAGAUCGACACAAUACUUGAUGGAAUAUCAGAAUCAGUAUAUGUUCAAUGAAGAGCCAACAAGAGAGGGGGAGGAAGAUGAAGCCAUUGCCAUGCAUUCAUGAGAUCUGGUGGUUUGUUUUCCCUUUUGAGAGAGAGAGGGAGAGGGGGGCGGGAGAAAUGGUCAUUUAAUGAUGCAAGAAAUUGUUUGUCGACCCUUUGUUUUGUUUUUUGGUAGGAUUGUCAACCCUUCGUUUUGUUUUUUGGUAGGAUUGUCAACCCUUCUUGAGGAAACUCGGUGUGAGUCGUGUGAGAAUCGAAGUAGGAUGAUAUUACAUUUUAAUCAUGGUGACUCUUAAUAUAAGAAUGCUCCGAUGUAAACAAACAGAUUAACGAGGUGACAAACUUCCACGUAUCCUUACCAAUA